AAUUACAAGAAACGGUGAAAGAGCUCGAAAAUAAAGUUAAUCAAGAACAUUCUAAUAUUGAAAUUAAUGAAAUAGACAAUUCUGCUACUGAACAGAUUGAAAAAUUACAAAAUGUAAUCGAAGAUUUAAAAAAAAAUUAUCAGGAAUCAAAGGAUGAAAAUAAUCGAAUUAUUGAUGAUGAUAAAUAUUCAGAAAUAGCAAGAGAAAGAAACAAAUUAGAAAGUCAAAUUGAAGAAAAUAUACAAAAACUUAAUGAAUCGGAAGAUUGUCGAUCAGAAUUGGAAGAAAAAAUAAAGAAAUUGGAGGAAGAAUGUAAUAUUGGAAAGGAAUCAGCGUUAGCUAUCGAAAAACAAUUGAAACAAGAGAUUGAAAAAAUUCAAAAAGAAUCAGAGGAAGAAAUCCAAUCUCAUAAAGAUAAUAUUCAAAAUCUAACUAGUGAUAUUGAAGAAGAAUCAGAGGAAGAAAUCCAAUCUCAUAAAGAUAAUAUUCAAAAUCUAACUAGUGAUAUUGAAGGUUGGAAAGCUAGUUUUAACAAUUUGAAUGAUGCACGCGAAGAAAUUGAAAAAUCUGAUAUUAGGUCGAGAGAAAAAAUUAGAGGAUUAGAUCAACAACUUGCAGAUUGUAAAAAUGACUUUCAACAAGUGGAAAAAUUAAUUAAAAAUAUCAUUGAAACUAUUUUGGAAUAUUUGCCUAUGGUUCUAGCACGCGAGAAUAAAACUAUAGAUGAUGAAAAGGGGGCCUAUAGAUUACCUAAUGGUGAUACUUUAGGCCCUGCUGCUUCUGUUGUCCUUAAUGUAGUUAUAGCUUUUCAUCCUUGGAAAAUAUUAAGCCUUUAA